AUGACCUUUGAUGUGCGGACGCUGCUGCGGCGGUCGUGGGUGCGGGUGCAGGAGCGGCGCGCCCCCCGCGGCGGCGCCCCGCGGGGCUCCAUGGCGGGGCGGUCUCGCAGCUUCUCCACGAUGCACACGACGCUGAUCGACCCCACGCCCCUCGGCGCCCUCAACCCCCACAACCCCUCCAUCGGCUCGCUGGCCUUCGGCGCGGCCACGGCGCCGCCGGGGACGUCGAGGGCCACUGCCAGGGCCUCGCGGGUCGAGCGGGAGCGUCGCGCCCCUGAUGGAGGCCCCGGCCGGCGGCGUUCGCUCGGACGCCUUCACCGCCUCCCAGACGUCGAUCCUGGCGGAGGACGCGAGGGUCAGGGCGGCGCCCGGCUCAGGGGAGAGGAACGGCAGGAACAACGGGUCGUGCGUCCAAGGCAGCCCCAGGGAGGGCGGGGCGAGGGCGCAGGGGGGCGGCGACCGGGGCGGCGCGCAGGGGACGCCCGCGAGCCCGUGGUGGUGUUCAGCAAAGACGCGCCAAGGUGGACUUCUGCGCCAACGGCCGCGUGA